CGAGAUUCAGCGUGAUCUUCACUUGGUGCAUGCGCUGCAGGGACUUCAAUUUUUCGCAAAUUUUGAAAAGUCAGCCAGCAUGCCGGUGUAUAAAGUGAAAGUGAAGUGGCAGAAGCAGAAGUUUGAUGACAUCGACCUGGACACUGAUGAGCCUCCAGAGGUGUUCAAGGCUCAGCUGUUUGCCCUGUCUGGGGUCCAGCCAGACAGGCAGAAAGUCAUGCUGAAGGGGUCCACCCUGAAGGAUGAAGGAUGGGAGACCCUUAAAGGACUGAAGAAUGGUGUUACCCUGAUGAUGAUGGGCACUGCAGACGCCCUCCCACAAGAACCAGUGGAAAGGCCCAAGUUUGUAGAAGACAUGUCAGAAGCCGAACUCAACAAAGCUAUGGAGCUGCCAGCAGGUAUGACUAACCUGGGGAACACCUGUUACAUGAAUGCCACUGUACAGUGUCUCAGGAACGUCCCUGAGCUCAAGGAGGUCCUCAAAAGGUUCCAGGGAGGAUUGAGUAGUUCAGGAGACUUAACUGCAGCACAGUCCAUCACUGCAGCAUUCCGUGACCUGAACGGCAGCAUGGACAGUGGUUCUGCCACCAUCACGCCCAUCGUACUGUUACAGGUCCUCCACAUGGCCUUCCCACACUUUGCUGAGAAGGCUGAGCAGGGCGGCUUCAGACAGCAGCUGAUUCCAGUGCCAGAGCAGGGGAAGAUGAAGAGGUUUAUGGACCAGUUCUUCUCAGGAGAACUUGUCUCUACAAUGAAGUGUGUGGAAUCUGAGGAAGAAGAGGAAAAGACGUCUUCUGAAACUUUCUUUCAACUAAGCUGUUUCAUCUCACAAGAUGUGAAAUACAUGCAACUAGGACUUCAAUCUCGACUUGAAGAAAUCAUCACAAAGCACUCCCCAUCCCUCAGCAGGGAUGCUCAAUACAAGAAAACGUCCAAAGUGCGCCGGCUGCCCGCCUACCUUACAAUUCAGAUGGUGAGGUUCUUCUACAAGGAGAAGGAAAAUGUGAAUGCUAAGAUCCUAAAGGACGUGAAGUUCCCCAUGAGUCUGGACCUGUUCGACAUGUGCACAUCUGAGCUGCAGACCAAGUUAGAGCCCAUCAGGUCAAAGUUCAAAGAGGAGGAAGACAGGAAGGUAGAGGAGGCUCAGAAGGCUAAGGAAGCGGGGAAGAGAGUUGAGACACAAGACAAGAAAGAUAUUCAGUACGAGGCUUACGACUUCCCUGAUGACAUAGGCUCCAACAACAGUGGUUACUACGAGCUCCAGGCAGUUCUGACUCACCAAGGCCGGUCCAGCUCCUCUGGACACUACGUGGCCUGGGUCAGGAGAGACGCUGACUGGAUCAAGUGCGAUGAUGACAAGGUGUAUGCUGUAACUGAAGAGGACGUACUGAAGCUGUCAGGUGGCGGAGACUGGCACUGUGCGUACGUACUUCUGUACGGGCCACGCCGACUAGAGGUGCCUCCUCCUGAGAAGAUGGAGACAUAGAUUUCUGUGGCUUCUCUGUCGUGUCUUCAAUGUGCAAAAAAAUUAUCAAGUCAAACCAAAAUGAAGAAUAAGCUGCAUUGUGCCCAUGUUGUCCUUGUACUGUAAAAACAAAUCUACUCUUACACCAUAAGAGUUUGGACUUUCCAUGUCGCCUGAAGUUGUAAGAAAUAUUGAUAAUAAAGUUUCAGUCUUGCUUUAAAAUACUAGUAGCUAGACCUUCAAUGUCGAUAACAUUAGAUACAGGACUUAAUCAAAUUACAUGUGGCAAAGGAAUUUUUGUCACUCAAAUGCAGGAUAUCUGGGUAUGUACAUGCAUUUUUCUGUUUGUGUAAUACAAGUAUAGUAUACAAUAUUCCUACACUCAUAUUUUGUUGGAACUUGGAAGGAUUAAAGAUUUCUAAAUGAACAUAAUAUUUUACAACAUUUUUAGUGUAAGCAAGUCAUCCAGUAUCAAUACCUUCAUUGAAGCUGUUUAGUCAGUAAUACUACAAAAAGUGUACAUAUUAGAUAUGUACUAGAGCUGGGACAAAAGUAAAGGACAACAAACGUAUGAAGCAAGUCAAGGUAUCUGUGAAAUUUUUGGUUGCGUCAUUUGCUUUCCUCUUUUCAGACCAGUAGCUGUUGCUUAUUAACACUCAUUGUGAGAUACGUAACCUGCAACUUGUACCGUAACCUGCAACUCUGCACUACUUUCAGAACACUUGUGGCACUGAACAGGUUUUAGAAAGAGAUGUUCCACUGUCUACAGCACAUUGACUGCACAUUGUCUCAUUGAUACAAUCUACUGCUUAAAGAGAACUGUACCAGAAUUGACCUACCCAUAAUGUUGGAACAUUACUUGUGUAAGAUUGUAGUGCAACGAACUUCGCAGUCACCUUCAUCAUUGUUGUAUGAAGUUGAUGUAGGAUUUUCAAGCUGGCAGGCUGUGACAGAACAACCCACCAACAAGGCUCUAACAAAGCCAUUUCCAUAACAAGACAGCUGAAUUUUGUACAACACAUGCAUGCCUCCCAAGAAUGCUAUCACAUGAUCACAUGAUGAUCACACAAGGAAUGUGACUAGAUCCUUAGUGCUAAGAGCUGCUACAAACUGCUGUAUUGGACGGCUUGUUCUAUUUGUCUUGUGACAGAAGCACCAAUUGCUGUCAAACAAGUUGUUUGGAACAGAAUUAAAAACUUCAACCAUACACUUCUCUACUAAA